AUGAGUUCCAUUCGGGUCAUUCCUUUGGGCGCUGGGCAAGAUGUUGGUAGAAGUUGCAUUCUUGUCACUUUGGGUGGCAAAAAUAUUAUGUUCGAUUGCGGAAUGCACAUGGGCUAUAACGACGAUAGAAAAUUUCCUGACUUCACUUACAUUACCGACAAAGGGGGUCUCAAUGAUUACCUGGAUUGUGUGAUUAUUAGUCAUUUCCAUCUCGAUCACUGUGGAGCUCUUCCCUAUAUGACCGAAGUAAUAGGCUACGAUGGUCCAAUCUAUAUGACUCAUCCUACCAAGGCAAUUUGCCCAAUACUUUUGGAAGAUUAUCGUAAAAUCAAUGUUGAGAGAAGAGGAGAUCAAAACUUUUUCACUUCUGAUAUGAUAUAUCGGUGUAUGACGAAAGUUAGGUGUGUGUAUAUACAUCAAACAGUCAAAGUAGAUGAUGAUCUCGAAAUACAGGCAUUUUAUGCUGGUCACGUUCUGGGAGCAGCAAUGUUUCUUGUACGUGUAGGAACAAAUUCUGUCCUGUAUACCGGCGAUUACAACAUGACACCUGAUAGACAUCUUGGUGCAGCUUGGGUUUCUCGUUGCCGUCCAGAUCUUCUCAUUACGGAAAGCACUUACGCAACCACGAUACGAGAUUCAAAACGUACAAGAGAACGGGAAUUUUUGGAAAAGAUUCAUGCUCGCGUUGAGGCUGGGGGUAAAGUAUUAAUCCCUGUCUUUGCCUUAGGUCGAGCUCAAGAACUUUGUAUAUUGCUUGAAACAUAUUGGGAAAGAAUGAAUAUUUCCGUCCCAAUAUACUUCUCCAUGGGAAUGGCGGAAAAAGCUAAUGAGUAUUACAAGUUAUUUAUCUCGUGGACAAAUCAAAAAAUCAAGGAGACAUUUGUAAAACGAAAUAUGUUUGACUUUAAACAUAUAAAGCCUCUUGGGCAAGGAACAGUCGAUAAUCCAGGACCAAUGGUAGUCUUUGCCACACCAGGUAUGCUUCACGCUGGACAAUCCUUGCAUAUAUUUCGUAAAUGGGCUUCAGAUGAAAGAAAUAUGGUUGUAAUUCCAGGAUAUUGUGUUGCUGGAACUGUGGGUUAUAAGAUUUUAAAUGGAGUCAGGCGUCUUGAAUUCGAUAAACAAGUUUUAGAAGUCAAAAUGUCAGUUGAAUACUUAUCGUUCUCAGCUCAUGCAGAUGCUCGUGGUAUUAUGCAGUUGAUAUCUCAUUGUCAGCCCAAACAUGUGAUGCUGGUACAUGGAGAAGCAAUUAAGAUGGAUUUUUUAAAAUCAAAAAUUGAACAAGAGUUUGGAUUACCCUGUUCGAAACCUGCUAAUGGAGAGAUUGUACAUGUAGAAACGGAACAACAAUUCAUUGUAGAAGCUUCAAGAGAAUUUCUUAAUCAUUCGUAUUGUAUGUAUUUUUGUAGUAAAAUUUUACAUCAUUUAAGAUAACCACUAAGACAUGAGAAGUUUACUAACUAGUUAUCUCUCUUUGCCUAUCUGCCAAGUAGUAACUAAGUGCAUAUUUAUGUAAGUGAAAUAAUGUAUUUUAUGUACAAUAGUUCAUCUUUUACCUAAUAUCUCUAGAUCUAGUUUACUUAAUUUCUAAUAUUAUACAGCUAAAUGUUUUGUAGAUUUUAAUAGGGAUGAUUAAUUUACGAAAAUUAUCCGUCUGCAUACAUAUUUUAGAAAGAAUUGGUUCGCUUAACAGACUUCACCUAAACAGUUGAACUGCCUCUUCUCUAAAAAUAUAACUAAAAUUUUAUCACUUAUAAAGUGUCAAGCUUUAAAUAAAACAAUCUACAGCGAAUUGCCGUAGUACUUCUCACUUUUUUUGCUGUUUCCAUUAGAUCCAUAUAAGACUGAUAUUACAAUCAGCUUUUAGGUUCGUUCACCCUAAAACAAUAAAUCCCAGCUGUAUUCGUAUUUCUAGUAUCCGUUAUCAUCACGCAAACUGUUGCAUUAAAAUAUUAUUUUCCAUGAUUGAGAAUAAUAUUAGGAUCCUUAAUUUUUUAGAUUCGGAUGAUCCAAAUGAGCCAC